CUAAUCAUGUCGCUUCUUCGAUUCAUGGCAGUUUCGUGCGUUAUAAUUUGUGGUACAAAAAUGCACAAAAUACUUGCAUUGACAGAAAGUGAUAACACUUGGUUAUCAAUAAGCGCAAAUGAAGCAUUUUCGUACUUUAUCGAACACAAAAACCAUCUCCUUGAUGUGGGGAAAGUAUCGACCUUCUUGGUGAGUUUAAUAAGCGAGUGUGCCCUGAGAUGCACACGGCUUGCCUCUUGCUUAUCUUUCAAUAUAGAGGAAGCGUCAUUACACAGGACAGAAAUUCUGUGUGAGCUCCUGGCUGAAGAUCUGCACAACGCCUCGCGUCAUUUCCAGCGUAGUCAGGAAUUUCACCACUGGAGCAAGAUAAUGCCUUGUUCACAUUUCCCAUGCAAUAACGGAGGAACAUGUAUUCCUGAUUAUAAGCGAGGAUUGUAUGAGUGUUUAUGUCCCAUUGGCUACCAAGGCAACACUUGUCAGCUACUGAAUAGUGACCUGUAUGGCAUUGAAGAGGAAGUCUUAGGAAACCAUAGGACUAACCCAGGAAUAUCUUGCAAGGACAUUGCAGACAGGCGGGGUGACUUACUCACGAAUGGAGAGUAUUGGAUUGCACCCACUGCAUCAAGCGACUCUUUUGUAGUGUACUGUGACAUGACAACUGAUGGAGGAGGAUGGACUCUACUGAAGCGCACGACAAUUCCAGCAAAUAUUUCUUACCUUUCAACAAAGGCGAUGCAGAUGGUUGACAACUAUAUCGGUAUUUCAAACUAUACGGACGAUUUUUUGUACGUCUCGAUCACGGGAAUCCGAGAACUUAGAAAAGCAGCCAAUUUUCAUCAGCUUCGGUGGUAUUGCUUCAAGAAACAACCGAGCAGCGUUUUCCACGUCAUGACAAAAAACGAUUCCGCUGGCUACAAGGUACUCGACUACUUCUUGGAAAACCCUAACAAACCGGCUACGGCAUGUGACUCUUUUGACACACUCCCGGAUGAUAAUUCCACACUGUCUCAGAACUGUCACAAAUGGGGGGCCUUCAAUGACACUGUCAUGGAGAUGAAUCAGUGGGGCUCUUAUUCACACCAUGGAACUAACAGGAUUUACCGCCUUGUCGCUGAGUGGAAAUCGGACAUGAGAGCAUAUUCCUUUCGUCCACCGGGGCAGUUUUGGUGCGAUGACCAUGGGGGCAAGAAUUCUCUAUCCCAGGGAGACAAAUGGGAAGUUUAUGCUCGAUAAUUUGAU